AUGGCCUCUUUGAGAGGUAAAAACGGAUAUUUUGAGUCAUGUUCUACAUACACAGAUAAAGAAAAUUACUUCCUAGUUGAUUCAAGAUACGAGAUAAUUCGGGUUUUAGGAAAAGGAUCGUACGGGGUCGUUUGUUCUGCCAUCGAUACCAAGAGUUUGAGCACCGGUCUUGAGCAUAAAAUAGCCAUCAAAAAGGUGACAAAAAUAUUCACCAAGGAUAUACUUUUGAUCGCAUCGUUGCUUGACUCCGACAUUGUCUAUGUGAAGCCGUAUGAUGGCCUUUAUUGUUUUCAAGAGUUGGCAGACCUUGACUUGGCGAGGGUAUUGUAUUCAAACGUUCAACUAUCGGAAUUUCACAUACAAAACUUUAUGUAUCAAGUAUUGUGUGGUUUAAAGUAUAUCCACUCGGCUGAUGUUAUACACAGAGACUUGAAACCAGGCAACAUUUUGGUUACAACCCAAGGAACACUUAAGAUAUGUGAUUUUGGCUUAGCACGCGGGAUAAACCCUAAGUUUUUCAAGAACCGCACUGCUACAAUUACCAACUAUGUUGCCACCAGAUGGUAUCGUGCACCCGAAUUGAUUUUAUCAACCAAGAAUUACUCAAAAGCGGUCGAUGUUUGGGCCGUGGGUUGCAUACUUGGAGAGCUAUUUGGGAGAAGACCACUUUUUCCUGGGAAAAAUCUGCAUGAGCAGAUUCAUGAAUUGUUCAAGGUGUUGGGCAGCCCACCACCCGAGACGAUUAAAAAGUACAAUUGGAAAGUUGAGGGAAUUCUGUGGGUAAAAUACAAGCCAGUAAAUUGGACGUCGUUAUACCCGUUUGCCCCAAAUGAAGCAAUCGUUUUGAUUGAGAACUUAUUACAGUGGGACUGCAAGAAGAGAUUAACGGUUGAUGAGAUUCUAGCACAAGAUUUUUUCAAAUUUGUGAGAAACUCUUCUGAAGAGGCUAGUAGUAAGUCACCUUUUGAUUUCAGUUUUGAGGAAAAAUCGUGCAAUUUGCCCCAGUUGAAGGAAGUGUUGGAAGAAGAGGUGAAUGAAUUUACAGGAAUUUGCCAUAUUGGACAAUAA